ACUCCAAGAUGGCCACUGGUCCAAAAGGUGAUAGCCAAGAGGCCCCGAAGACAGAGAAUAUCGUGACUCGGAUAACCAGCCUUCCUCUGAUCAGCUCUGCCUACGAACUUUGCUCCUCCUUGUACAACUACGCCAAAGAGAGCAUCCCCUUCGUCAACUCUGCCUGCAAUGUGGCGGAGAUGGUGGUGGCAGUGGCCGUCGGGAGUGCCAUGGGGGGCGCCCAGCCGAUUCUCAACCAGCUCGAACCCCAGAUUGCAGCUGCGAAUGAGUAUGCAUGCAAGCGUCUGGAUAAACUGGAGGAAACAAUGCCUUGCCUUCAUCAGCCGGCACAUCAGGUCAUCGAAGAAGGGGUCACCCUGGCCAAAUCGGUGGUCGGAUCCACAGUCAACACAGCCAAGGAUGCUGCCAACGGGGCCAAAGAACUGGUGGUCCACAAGGUGAACGCAGCCGUAGACCUCACCAAGGACAUCAUCCAAGACAGCAUUGGGUUGACCAAGUCGGUAGUGGACUCCACAGUUAACACUGCCGUCAAUGCCGCCAAUGAGGCCAAGGUGCUCAUGACUCACCGGGUGACGGACGUCAUCAACUUGAGCAAAGAGACGGCCAAAGAGAGCGUGGGCCUGACCAAGUCAGUGGUCUCCUCCACAGUCAACACAGCCCUCCAAGCUGCCAUGGGGACGAAGGAUCUUGUGACAACUGGCCAAGUGAAGAACUGUGGGGCUCUCCAAGAAGGCAUUGAGAUGACCAACGUCCUACAGCAGAUCUUGACAAGCGGAGUGGACGCCAUGCUGGAGAAGACGGAGGAGAUGAUAGAUUAUUACCUCCCCAUGACAGAUGAGGAGCUGGUUAAGCUGGCCACAGAGGUCCGGGGCUUUGGGCCUCCAUCUGUGGAGGAGCAACAGAGGCGAAAGAGCUACUUCGUCCGCCUGGGGUCCCUUUCCAGCAAAGUCCGCCACCGGGCCUACCUCCACUCGCUGGACAAGCUUCAAAUCAUGAAGGAAAACACGCAGGACCGGCUAUCCCAGCUCCAGCUGGUGAUCAACCUGGUUGAGCAGCUGAAACAAGGCGUGGGGCAGCGGUUCCAAGAAGCUCAGCAAAAACUGAACCAGCUCAUGGCCGAACUGACCCAGACGCAGCCAGGAGAAGUUGCAGAAGGAGACUUGCCCCCUGAGGUGGAAUCGCUUACCCUGGCCCUGCUCCGCUUCGUCACGCAAGACCUGGGGUCCACCUACGUGCGGCUGGUGGGCGGCAUCGAAGGCCUUCCCUGCGGCCUCCGUGAAAAGGUGGACCAAGCCAUCUCGAACGCACGACAACUCCACACUUCUUUUGCCGCAGCGACCUCCAUCCAGGAUUUGUCUUCAAGCGUCCUGGCCCAGAGCCACGAAAAAAUCGCCCAAGCCCGUGAAUUUCUGGACACCUUGGUUGAAUACAUCGCCCAAAACACACCGCUGAGCUGGAUCGUGGGACCCUUCCGGCCGUCAUCGGCUCCCACCGAGGAACCCCCCGUGACGGAAAUGGAAACAUCCCCGUCUGCUGACCAGGAGAUGAAAGAGAUAACCAACGAAGAUGAACAAACAUCAUCUGCAUCAGGGGGAUCCCCGAAGGAGAGGGUUACAGGUGCCAGACGUACAAGUGCCGGACUCAAAUCGGCAAAGAAGAAUGAGAGUGAGAUGGAAGAAAGCGAAGCCAAAGAGGCAGCCAAGACCUUGGUGGGGGUUUGGUCUGACAUGCCGAAGAAAGCAAGGAAGAUGAUAAGGAGAGAGGCGUCCAAGGAAGUGGUGCCAGAGAAGGCCAGCAAAAGCGAUCUCAACCAGGUUGCGGAAACUCCCGAGAAAGAGCAUUAAAAGCCUUCGUGGUUCAUCCAAGUGGCUUUAGCACCUUCCCAAAACCAUGUUGUCAUCCCUGCAAACCUGGUGCCUAGUUGUCUGAGCCCUUGCCACCUACGACGAAUCUCAGUUCGGCCAUGUAAACCUAUUGGGUGACCUUGGGCAACUUAGCACUCUCUCUCAACCUCAGAGGACGGCAGUGGCAAUACCCUUUUGAAGAAACUCACCAAGAAAACCCCAUUAUAGGGUUGCCUUAGGGUCGCCAUAAGUCCCUAAGUCGGAAAUGACUCCAAGGCACAUAACAACAACUAUCUUGG